AUGUCUGUUAUUACUGUCGCUGUUCCUGCUCCCGUUACUACGCCCACUGUAUCUGUUCAUAGCCACACGCACAAUAGCCGUCAGCAUAAAUCUGAAGCCAUGUACGUCCAAUAUAAGAGAAUAGCGAUUUCGGAGUUGUUGAACAACGAGUCUACCAUUACAAAGGCCAAGAUAGCGGAGGCGAGUCGAGCACCGCAACCGUCAGCGAUUCUCACAGCGGGUCUAUCUACACCAGUGACGUCCGUGUCUUCGCCUUCCUCAACCGCUUCCACUAGUACACCUCAUUUUUAUAUCCCCCCAAGGACAGCCACGCCCAGUCCCAAUUCUAUUAUGAAACGGUCUCAAGGAAGACCAAUUACUCAAAAGCUCGUGGGGAAGUUUACGAUAUACGAUUGUAAAGAGGAUCUGAUUUUAGACCUGAUAAGAACUGAAUGCCUACAAUUGCUGCAGGGGCCCUCGGUGCCGAUAGUGAAGAGACCUAACAUGUCGUGUUUGCAGAAGAUCAUCGAUUUGAAAGAGCCAAGUAUAUACGAUCAACUCAAGACUCAGUUCCAAACCAAUGAUACAUUACAGUUCAUCAAACUAAUCAGGGACCACAAGGGAAAGUUGCUGCGCCUGGAAACUGUGCCCUGCAACGAAUCGCAGAUUAAUAUUGACUUUAUUAAAAGAAACGUCUGUUAUCCCAGGUACAAGUCGAACAUGAAAUUUUACUUGAUCAGGAGUGAUUCUCUACAAAAGAAGUUUAUUUAUUAUCAUGAUAGAAUCACUUUUGAGCGAGAGAGGCAUCUCAUAGAUUCGAACAUUGAGGUUUGGGUUAGGUAA